AUGAGGGGGCAUGUGCACCCACAAGUCGCAAAGCUUUACCUAGAGUUUAUGUUGCUUGCCCCUGCGUUUGCUUCUUCUACCACCGCUAGGCGUGUGGUGGAAUUGGGAGGGGCCACUUCCGCCUCCGCCCGGGUUCUAUCAACGGCAGCACCAUCGCCGGGACUAGCACCUUUCCCGACCUCCGCCGCGGCGUAUUGCGCAAUGGUACAAACCGGGUUUACAGCUCCGCCCCUAGUGACUCCAGGCACACCCGAGUUUACACGCCGUCUCGCACGCGGGCGAUGGUUGCUUCGUCAGCUUCAGAAUACGCUUGCUGUAAAGAAGUAUCGUGCAAUGCACAAACGAUACGGCUGGGCGAGUCAGAAGGACUUUGAUGAGUUAACGGAGUUGUUCGGUGAAGCAACGGCACAGAGGAUGAUGAUUGGCCUUGGGAACAAAGAUGUAUUUGGCUUUGAUGAAGCGGCCGGUGACGAGGCUGGCAGCGAGACAAAAUAA